GCCGGGAAGUUAAAAAUCCUUGACCCUGCCUCCGGGCGUCGGUGCGAAGGUUGUGGUGGAUGCUGAGCUAGCCGGGGCCGGGUCGGGGUGUGAGCCGGGUUAUUGAAGUAAAAAUGUCCAGAAAAAUCCAUGGCGGUUCUGUGGUGGAGAUGCAAGGAGAUGAAAUGACGAGAAUCAUUUGGGAAUUGAUUAAAGAAAAACUCAUCCUUCCCUAUGUAGAACUGGAUUUGCAUAGUUAUGACUUAGGCAUAGAGAAUCGCGAUGCCACCAAUGACCAGGUCACCAAGGACGCUGCAGAGGCUAUAAAGAAAUACAAUGUUGGUGUCAAGUGUGCUACUAUCACCCCCGAUGAGAAGAGGGUUGAGGAGUUCAAGUUGAAACAAAUGUGGAAAUCACCAAAUGGCACCAUCCGAAACAUUCUGGGUGGCACUGUCUUCAGGGAAGCUAUUAUCUGCAAAAAUAUCCCCCGGCUGGUGACAGGCUGGGUAAAACCCAUCAUCAUUGGUCGUCAUGCUUAUGGGGACCAAUACAGAGCAACUGAUUUUGUUGUUCCCGGGCCAGGAAAAGUAGAGAUAACCUACACACCGAAAGAUGGAGGUCAAAAGGUGACAUAUGUGGUGCAUAACUUUGAAGAAGGUGGUGGUGUUUCCAUGGGCAUGUACAAUGAGGACAAGUCAAUUGAAGACUUUGCACACAGUUCCUUCCAAAUGGCUCUGUCCAAGGGCUGGCCUUUGUACCUCAGCACCAAAAACACGAUUCUGAAGAAGUACGAUGGACGCUUCAAGGACAUCUUUCAGGAGAUCUAUGACAAGCAAUACAAACCCCAGUUUGAAGCUCAGAAGAUCUGGUAUGAGCACAGGCUCAUUGAUGACAUGGUGGCCCAGGCUAUGAAGUCAGAGGGAGGCUUCAUCUGGGCCUGUAAAAACUAUGAUGGCGAUGUGCAGUCAGAUUCUGUUGCCCAAGGUUAUGGCUCCCUUGGCAUGAUGACAAGUGUGCUGGUUUGUCCAGAUGGUAAGACGGUAGAAGCGGAGGCUGCCCAUGGCACCGUCACACGUCACUACCGCAUGUACCAGAAAGGGCAGGAGACAUCCACCAACCCCAUUGCUUCCAUUUUUGCCUGGUCCCGAGGCUUAGCCCACAGAGCAAAGCUUGAUGACAAUGCUGAGCUCAGCUUCUUUGCAAAGGCUUUGGAAGAUGUCUGCGUUGAGACCAUUGAGGCUGGCUUUAUGACUAAGGACUUGGCUGCCUGCAUUAAAGGCUUACCCAAUGUACAACGUUCUGACUACUUGAAUACAUUUGAGUUCAUGGACAAACUUGGAGAAAACUUGAAGGCCAAACUAGCUCAGGCCAAACUUUAAGGUCAAACCUGGGCUUAGGACAAGGACAAGUCUUUGUGGUAACUAGGUCCACAGGUUUACUUUUUUUUUUUUUAAAUAACACUCAAAGAUAAAAGCAAAAAUUAUUUUGUAAUUUGUUUAGAAGACAAAGAUGAACUUUUCUAUACGUUUACAACCCUUUUCUUUUUCAUACAGUUAUUGCCACCUUAAUGACUGUGGCGUGGGAGUCUUCUGUUUUUGCUUUUUUCUAGUCGUAUUUUAUUGUGUAGUAGCGGUCUAGGAGUUACAUUGGUACCCGUUCACAUUAACUGUCACUUUUUCUCUUGCCCUAAUAUAAAUGACCAAAAUCAGAAGUGCUUCAAUGUUAAGCAAUAGCUAUAGUACGGCUCCCUAUAAGGGCGAAAAAGAAACUUCCACUGAUGUCAGUGAGUGUGAGCACCGGGGGCUUUUGUCUGCAGAUGUUGGGAGACCUGCACAGUGCGCUCAUACAGGGCUGGAACAAAUUAAAUGUGUGUAUUUAAAAUGCAUGGCAGCCAUAGGUAGGGAUAAAGGCUAUGUAUCCAAAAUACUAAAUAUAUUUUAAGGCCACUGAAGAAUUGGAAAUCUUAAAAAAAAAAAAAAAUACAGACUAGAGGUUUAUCCUCUCUGAUUUCUCUUCCUCCUGUCCCUUAGCCUAAGUAUCAUCCUUCCCCAAAUAGCACAUUUCAUCCAUGUGCAAUAAUGGAAGAUGCACCUUUUUUGGAUUUCUGCUAGCCUGUUGCAUUUCUUUUAUAUAAAUGUGAUUUUUCAGAAGUUGAUAUUAAACACUAUUCCAGUCCAGUCCUUCCAAACUGUUAAUUUUAAUUAAAAUGAAAUGCUAAUGAUA